AUGUACUCGAACGAAUCCAAGAAGCUCGACCCCUUCGUCAAGAAGCAGAAUGCAAAGCUCACCCAGGUCAUUCAGAACUUCUUCAACAAGGCGGUGCAGAUCGUGCUCCAGUCCCGAUCCUUGGACACCUCAACCAUGCAGUCGAGCCUCACCAAGAACGAGGACAUCAUUGCCAGCAAGAUCAACAAGUGGUUCAAUCUACACAUGUACAACCACCCCGAGCUCUCCAAGGACGACUUGAAGCUCUGGAAAUCGUGCACUGACCUUACCUCUAUCCCUCCCAUGAUCAUUGAAACCUACCUUGACUUGAGGCAAUUGACCCCCAGCCAAACUGCCGUGUUGAAGGAUGACAACGGCAACGAAUGGACGGUGGCCAAGACCGGAAGCAAGAAACAGGAAAUCGUGUUGGAGAGAUGGUUGAUCGAAUUCGACCCCAACAACGUGUCCGGGUCUUUGGUAGACGAGUUACCGUUGAUCUACAAGCAAGCAAUCAUCUUGUUCCGAAGCAUGUAUGGGUUUUCAAGAUUAAUGCCGGCAUUCAAAUUGAAAAAGGCUUUGGCAGUGAAUCUGGCAAGCUCCAAGUUGAGUAAGCUCUCAUUGGGAAACAAAAUCCUUGAUGGAAAACAGCCCAUUCUGUCCAAGGGCCGGAUUGGAUUGUCCAAGUCUAUCAUACCACACCAGAUGCUUACUACAGAAUCGCAUGUCAGCCACAAACAUUUCCAGCCAAUCCAAACUACGUUGGGUACCUUGAAAGUAUCUAUUGCAUAUAGAAAUCAUCAUGAUUUCGCCAUCCAUGACAACGAAGAAGUCUUAUCCACUCAUUUCAUAUCCAUGGAUACUUCCACUCCAGAUCCAGAGGUGGAAGCGCCCUCGAAGAUCUCAUCCAUUGAUGAAGAGUUGUCAUCUGGCGAGGGUCAAGCAAUUCCCAAUCGUGACAAAGAUCCCAACUCUAAUGCAUUCAAAAGAUUGAGCAUUUUGUCAAAUGCUUCAAUGUCCAUUUCUCCAACCUCGUCUGGACAUCGCGACACUUCCAUCUCCAAAAAGUCCUCGACACCUAUUUCUCAACGACCCUCUAUCCAACCUUUCAAGGUUGGUUCCAUCACCCACACUCCAACCAAUUCGAAUACUGGUGCAGGGUCUUCCUUGGAAAGAAGGGUUUCAAUCACCAGUAACAAAUCCACUUCCAAUGCAUCAUUGGCCGCUUUAUUGAGAAACCCCAGAAGCAGUACCUCUUCCACUCACAGUUUCGUGAAUGCUCCUGUCUCUACUAGCUCAGGAAAUACACCUAUUGCGGUCAAUAUUUCCUCCUCUCCUCAUCCAAGGUCAGUAUCUUCAUCACAUGGGUCCAACUUGGCUCCUGAUGAAGCAGGGAUAUUUUCCAAUCUCGAGGGUGCCUCCAAUACUCCUCGUUUUUCGUCGUCUUUUGGAUCCAGAGCGAGCAGAAGAUUCUCUAAUACUAGUAUUAGGCAAAGUUCCCUAAGCAAUGCCGGCCAGGGCUCAGGAACUGGCGGAGGAGAUACCUCUAUCUUGGGUACUAGCACUGAACUGACUACCUCGUCUGGAGCCCCGCUAAGCGGACUUUAUAUUGAUGAUGAUAUCAGUGAUUUCGUUCGUAUGAUUGAUAGCAAAUCUGAACUCAGGUUUUCUUCAUACAAUCAUGAUUCGAAACAAUCAUCUCCUUUUCCUAACGAUCCUUUGAACAAAUUCCAAUUGUUGAAAGGUCACCAUCAACAGAUCGGUGAAAACGUUAGUGCAAGCUUGUUGUUGAACAAUCCCGGGCUCCAAGCAAACUCACGGCAUUCCAGUCGGAAGUCAUCGCAUUCCAUGUACUCACCACCCGGGUCUUUGCCUUCUGGUUCUUAUGAGCAUUCGCAAUUACCUUCCAUUAACUCCAGAUUGAGGGAGAGAAGGUCUUCAUCGUCCCAUGAUGAGAACGCAAGAAAGAACAGCUUUCCGUACUCGAGUCAUCACAGCAAUGCUUCGUUUUUGAAGGCACCAUUAGCCAGCAUGAAUAGGUUGGCCGCAGCACCUAUCACCUCGACCACUAGUGCCCAUGCCACGGCACACGGGCCAAGCUCCAAGGACGCCGAGAAAGCGAGUGGUGUUAAAGGACUUGCCACCACGCCCUCUGCUUAUGAUAAAAGGACAAUACACUACGAGAAUGUGUUUGAUGAUGACGACGACGAAGUGCACGAAGAUGAUCCCCACUAUUAUCUUUCAAAUAAUCAUUCCAGCGAGAAUCUCAACUCGUCCAACCGGGGAGCAUUUCAUAACGCCAAUCACAAUCGCCACCAGUCUGAUGACUAUGACGACGAUCUAUUGUUCACCAUGAGUGACAUGAACCUUACUAAGAACUGA